UGAUUUUUACAGUAGUUUGGUGUGUCUUCAUGUGUUCUGCAUCAUUUUCUAGUCACUCUUUCUUGUGAUUUCACUUUUGCUGAGUAAAUAGGUUUAUCAUUAAUUUAUAAUAUCAUUUUCAUACUUAAUUUGUUAUUACUUUGUAGUUAGCUUUCUCUGGAAUAGAGAUCUUAAACAUUUUGUCAAGUUGAGUUCUUACCAAUUGAAAUUUUUCAACCAGGGUCUUUUACUAUAUCAUUAUGUUUUUUCUUACUUUAAAAGGGGUUUUAAUCCCUAAAGUUGGGGAAAUUGAAUUUAAAUUGGAAUAUUUUAAUCUGUCAGAGAACUUGAGAUGCACUAUUAUGAUAGGUAUGUGUGUGUCUUCGUGCCAAUAUGAUAGUUAACUGAUGUGAUGUGAAAAUUAGACAAUCCUUCUGUUCUUUAGCAUGUGUUGCUGUACAAUUUUAUAAAUAAUAAUUGAGAAUAAAAUCCAUAAGUUGUUAAUUUUCCUUUUCCAUUUGCUAAAUUGUUUCAUUUGUUAUUUGCAAUUUCAAGUACAUAAAGUUGCUAUAUAUACUUUUCCCUUUUCAUUAUUUAUUACAAAAUUGCAUGAUCUUAGCACCUGUAAAUUACUCAACCAUAGUUCAAGGCAAGCCUCAAUAAUGGUUAUUUGUCAACUUGUGUUUUGCGUAUGUCUUAUCUUUAGGUCACUACAGGUAGGAUGAUGACCUCUAUAAUGUCUUUGUUUGGAUUUUAGUGAAUUGCAUUUCUAGACCAAUCAUUAAUGGAAAGAAUCCUGCUUCUUUAAUGAAUAAAUAAAUGAUAGGAAAAACCAGUUGCACUUCCUCUUUGCUACUUUUCAAUUUAAUUUUUUUUGUUUUACAUGGCUACUAAAAGUUCAUGCUGUAUAAUUAUGCUUUUGAUAACAGCAGUUCUUAGUGCUGUCUCCUUUAUUUUUCCCUCCCUGCUCCCUGGUCUUGCUUCAGACAUGCGAGUUGUUUUUCCAUUGCUAUCAGAGGCUGCACAUUGUUUAGAGCUCAAACAUUUUUACUUUCAAAAUCAUGCUUGCCAGUACAUGUCUACCACUCGUAUGUUUUUUAGCUCAUAGGAGCUCAACAGUUGAUGGACUGCUACCCCAAGAGCAGUGACAAGAAAACAUUGAAGAAGUGGUUUUUUAUUGAUAAAAGAGUAGGGUGAAGUGGAAAUCCAAUACAUAUUAGUUUCUUACAUUGUUGCUGGGUAUAAAUUGGUUUAUAAACCUGGAUCCUAUGGACUUGAAGUCAAAUCAUACUCCUAUUCUCACUGAUGCUGCACCCAUAACGAAUUCAAGACUGCAUGUGCAUUCCAGUUUGUUUCCUUAUUCCCAUACUGGGGUAACCUGUCCACAUAGCAUGUUAUUGACUAUCCCGAGGAAGAAGACAGGAAUUCUUGAAGAUGUUCGUUGUAGCAGUUGGUUGGAUGCCAUGAAAUCAUCUUCACCUCCACCCAAGAAUAUGACAAGGGAUGUUAGUCAUGGGUUUGCAUCAUCUGAAGCUGAUACUGCUUUUGCUUAUUUUACCUGGCUGCUAAAAUAUCCAUCAGCACUUACAUCUUUUGAUCAAAUUACAAACUAUGCAAAAAGCAAGAGAAUUGCAUUGUUUCUGGACUAUGAUGGGACUCUUUCACCGAUUGUGGAUAAUCCUGACUGCGCUUUCAUGUCUGACCAUAUGCGUGCUGCUGUUAAAAAGGUUGCUGAAUAUUUUCCUACAGCAAUAAUUAGUGGAAGAAGCCGUGACAAGGUAAAUGAAUUUGUAGGACUAACAGAACUCUAUUAUGCUGGUAGUCAUGGGAUGGACAUCAUUGGCCCUGUUAGACAAUCUGUAUCUGAUAACCACACUAAUUGCAUCAUUAGAUCUACAGACAAGCAGGGUAAGGAAGUUAACUUAUUCCAACCUGCUGCUGAAUUUGUACCCAUGAUUAAUGAGGUCCGCGAGUCUCUCAUAGAGUGUACUAAAGACAUUAAAGGAGCAAGAGUUGAGGACAACAAAUUUUGUGUAUCUGUACAUUACCGCAAUGUAGAUGAAAAGAAUUGGAAUUUGGUGGGGCAACGUGUUAAUGAUGUUCUGAAGGGCUACCCACGUUUGCGAUUAACUCACGGGCGCAAGGUUUUAGAGGUCCGCCCUGUAAUUAACUGGGAUAAGGGUAAAGCUGUCACAUUUUUGCUCGAGUCACUUGGACUUGACAAUUGUGAUGAUGUGCUUCCUAUAUAUAUUGGAGAUGAUCGAACGGAUGAAGAUGCGUUUAAGGUUCUGAGAGAGGGGAAUAAAGGUUACGGGAUCUUAGUAUCUUCAGCACCAAAGGAAAGCAAUGCAAUUUACUCUCUUCGUGAUCCACCAGAGGUGAUGGAAUUUCUGAAGUCACUUGUGGAAACAUUCCAAGAGAUUUCAUGGAGCAGAUUUACGCACAGAAGACUUCUUAUGGUAGCAACAACAUUGUCGCUACCUAGUUAUUUUGCUCAAAGCUCCUGUGGCAAGUGUAAAUUCCGGGCUUAUAAUUUACAUAUAUUUAUAAGAGUCAAAGAAUAUCAGCUGAUUUUUGUUUUCUUCUUCGAUUUAAAAUUGUAUUGAUAUUUAAUCAUUGCGGCUUCAAUUUUGAUCACUAUAUUUGUCCACUUAAAAGGGAGAGUUACAUACUUGGUCAUUCA